ACGCUUCUAACGUAUACUCGCGUUCUGAAUGGCUUUAUCCACGCCAAAUACUUCGAUUAAAAUUUAUAAUGCAGGAUUUUAAUCUGGCAAGGACAAGCAGCGAGACUGAAGAUUCAAUCUCAGUUAUCGUGCCGGCCACCACUAGUCAAGAACUGAGCCAGCACGGCAAGACUUUGAUCUCCGAAACUGAGAUAGCCACGGGCCAGUAUUGUCCAGACAACAUUCACGGAGACAACCAGGAGUUAGCUCAAAGUGGCGGAGAAAAGAUUGAAACCACGAUUCUCCUGCGUUCGCCUGGACUCCCUUCAAACUGUCAAGGUCCGUACGUCUUCCAGGACGCUCAGGAGAAUGCAGGAGACCCCCGGACAGCCCCGUCCUACUAUGACAUCACCCUUAUGGAGGAGAAGCUGCAGCCAGUAGAGCAGCAGCUCCAGUACCUUCUGAAGAAGGCAGAGGAGUUUCAAACGCAUCUCGUCUACAGCCGAGAUCGCAUGCACAAGGAAGACUUUGCCCGGGCAGUGCCCACCUUCCUGAAGACGUGCCAGCCGUACUUUGGGUACCUGGAGUCUACGGCCCGCAGCUUGCUGCCCGAGUGCAGACCCCUGCCUGAAUACAUCAAGAAACGGCUGCUGCAGUUCUCCCAGCAGCUCUCCAGCAGCCUUGAGCACCUGGUGUUGAUGUACGCCUCCUUCGACUUCAUCUCACUGGAGGAGACUGACCCCUGCAGUGUCUCGUAUUUCUACUGCGGGGAGGUGCAGUUGGGGCUAUGGUACCACAUCUCCAUCUUUCGCUACUGUCGCCCGGUGCCCUACAGCGCGGCCGGGGAGCCCCCCGGCCUGUACAAGAGGAUGAGGUGGAACGUGGAGGUUCUGGAGAGCGCCAACGCAGGGGAUGGGAGCCCUGUGGAGACGGAGUAUUACUUCCUGUGCUGCGAGUCCAAGGCCCUGGGUGUGUGGUCAAUCGGUCAGUGGAUCCAAACCGACCCCAAGCCAGGGGAUGACGACCUGUUCUCCUGGAUCACGUGCAUUCAGUCCCGCGGAGACUACAAGCAGCUGCUGAUCAUUGGGUUUGAAGAGCCCUCUCAGAUCCAGGCCACUGACCUCUUUCUGGAAGUCCUGCUGAACCAGAGGGAGCAGCCGACUUUAUCCCCCGGUGACAGGGGCAGCAUGAUGCACUGAAAGCCCCUGCCAGCCUUCCUGCAAACCACACCCCACCCCACAGCUGGGUUUUUUGCACUGAGAUUCGUCCAAAGAGGUGCUUGGAACCGCUGCGUGUAUAUAUUUCUUACCAAUGUUGAUUUGUCAGCAGUUAGAUUUGUUUAAGUAGUUGUUUCAAUACACAGUAGAAAAAAAUAAAAUAAAUUAAAAAGCAGUUGUACUUAUUAUUCUUCUUAAAGCCCCCGCCUCCUAAAUUGGUUACUCCUGUUGCUCUUACAUAGUGUUGUAAAAAUACAUUGCCAAAUGUCAAUGCAGUAUAUCCUGCUGCACAAAAGUGCCUAUUCUUUUUUUGAUUACUAGUCCAUUGAAAACACUGUACAGAAAGAUUGUUUAGGAGUUUAAAUGACUGA